UGCAAGAUGAAGAUGUGGUUUUUGAUCAGUUACCUAAUUUCAAUGCGCUUCCUAUCCUGUUUGGCAGUUGCAGAGGAUGGCAAAGGAUUUGGACCGAUUUUUGAAGAGCAGCCAAUUGAUACCAUUUAUCCAGAAGAAUCCCCAGAUGGAAAAGUGUCCCUGAACUGCCGGGCCAGAGCUAGCCCCUUUCCUGUUUACAAAUGGAGAAUGAAUAACUGGGAUAUUGAUCUGACAAAUGAUCGCUACAGCAUGGUAGGAGGCAACCUGGUAAUCAACAACCCUGACAAACUGAGAGAUGCUGGGAAGUAUUUCUGCUUAGUUUCAAAUAUCUAUGGAAUGGUUAGAAGCACCGAAGCAACUUUAAGUUUUGGGUAUCUUGAUCCUUUUCCACCAGAGGAACGAACAGAGGUCAAAGUGAAGGAGGGGAUUGGCCUCGUUCUUCUCUGUGAUCCUCCUUACCACUUCCCAGAUGAUCUCAGUUAUCGCUGGCUUCUAAAUGAGUUUCCUAUAUUCAUCACAAUGGACAAACGACGAUAUGUAUCCCAGACCAAUGGCAAUCUCUAUAUUGCAAAUGUAGAGGCAUCUGAUAGAGGCAAUUAUUCAUGCUUUGUAUCAAGUCCUUCAAUUACAAAGAGUGUAUUCAGUAAAUUUAUCCCACUCAUCCCUCUUUCUGACCGCACGACCAAGCUGUAUCCCGCCGACAUCAAAGUCCAGUUCAAGGACACAUAUGCACUGAUGGGCCAUAAUGUGACAUUAGAGUGUUUUGCCCUUGGAAACCCCGUUCCUGAGAUCCGCUGGCGAAAAGUCCUGGAGCCGAUGCCAAGCACAGCCGAGAUCAGCAUGUCUGGGGCGGUUCUGAAGAUUUUCAACAUUCAGCUCGAGGAUGAAGGCACUUACGAGUGUGAAGCCGAGAACAUCAGAGGAAAAGACAGGCACCAGGCAAGGAUUUACGUCCAAGCAUUUCCUGAAUGGGUUGAACAUAUCAAUGACACUGAGGCAGAUAUAGGCAGUGAUCUAUACUGGCCUUGUGUGGCUACAGGCAAACCUAUCCCUACAAUCAGAUGGUUGAGAAAUGGAUAUGCGUACCAUAAAGGCGAGCUGAGACUGUAUGGACUGACCUUUGACAAUGCUGGAAUGUACCAGUGUAUAGCUGAAAAUGCCCACGGAGCCAUCUACGCCAAUGCCGAGCUCAAGAUUCUGGCCAUGGCUCCCACCUUUGAAAUGAAUCCGAUGAAGAAGAAGACCUUGGCUGCUAAAGGAGGACGGGUUUUAAUUGAAUGCAAACCUAAAGCUGCACCGAAACCAAAAUUUUCAUGGAGUAAAGGAACAGAAUGGCUCGUCAAUAGUACUCGGAUUCUCAUUUGGGACGAUGGCAGCCUGGAAAUCAGGAACAUCACAAGGGCUGAUGAAGGCACUUACACGUGCUUUGCAGAAAAUAACAGAGGAAAAGCGAAUAAUACCGGAACUCUCUUAAUCACAGAUGCCACGAGGAUUACUUUGCCCCCAGCUAACGCUGACGUGACAGUGGGCGAGAACGCCACGAUGCAGUGCUCCGCCUCCCACGAUCCGGCGCUGGACCUCACCUUCAUUUGGUCUUUGAACGGCUACGUGAUUGAUUUCAGCAAGGAGAACAGUCAUUACAUGAGGAACUUCAUGAUAGAUUCCAACGGUGACUUGCUCAUUAAAAAUGCCCAAUUGAAACACGCUGGACGUUAUACUUGUACCGCUCAGACAAUCGUGGAUAAUUCUUCCGCCUCAGCCGACCUGGUUGUUCGAGGUCAGAACAGAAAAGAUGAAGAGAAAAUCACACUGGACCCCUUUUUCCCGGUUUGUGCAAACCUGCCUCCAACCCCGUGACCGCUUCCUCCAAUCGGGAUCUGGUGACUUGGCUGACUACGCUGUUAGUCAUCCGCUCACCUGGGAAGUUCCCUUUUGUGUGAAAUAUUUUGACAUACUAAACAGCAAUAUGAAAUCCACUCCUCUCCCCCACAUAAACGAAAAAGCGAUCCCGGACCUUUGAAAAGCCACCUUUGCCUCUUGGGAGUCUUUUUCGCCCCAGAACCCCCCCCCCCCGGGC